UUGGAGUCUGGCUUUCUCUUUGUAGGUGCGGGGAGCUGCUUGGAGGCCCUGGAAGAAGGGAAGCCUUUGGUGGUGGUUGUAAAUGAAAAGCUGAUGGACAAUCACCAGUUAGAGCUGGCCAGACAGCUGCACAAAGAAGGCUAUCUUUUCUAUUGCUCGUGCAGCCCCAAGAAGCCCCUCUUCGGCUUGGGAGAAGGUCUUCAGGAGCUCCUGUAG